AUGGCUUACCACACUCGCUCUAACAGCUUCCCCUCAAGGCCACACCCUCUCAUUCAAGAAGUUGAUGAGCACUUGAGGCGAUUGAGGUCUUCCAAAGCCACAUCCACAUCUUCAUCAUCAAUAAGCAACAGAUUAAACAGCCUGCAAGACCUGCUUGAUUGUGUAGAUAGGUUGCUUCAGUUGCAAGGUACCCAACAAGCAUUAGCACAAAAGCAACAGCAGAAAUGGGCCAAUGAGCUAUUAGAUGGCUCUCUCCACCUCUUGGAUAUUUGCAGCACCGCAAAGGAUGCCCUCUCGCAAACAAAGGAGUCCGUACAAGACCUUCAAUCAUUAAUUCAAAGAAAUCGGGGAGAUGAAACUGGAUUCACAAGUGUGGUCAGGAAAUACUUGAGCUCUCGGAAGAUAGUGAAGAAGUCAAUCCACAAGGCCAUGGGAAAUCUGAAGGGAAUGGAAAAAAAAUUCCCUCUCUCUUCCACCAACAAGGACCAACAGACUAUCACCAUUGUCAGCAAGCUGAGAGAUGUUGAAGCAGUCACUGUCACAGUUAUUGAAUCAGUGCUGGCCUUCAUCUCUGGACCAAAGUCAAAGCCUAGAAAUUGGUCUUUGGUUUCCAAGAUUGUGCAGUCUAAGAGAAUAGCUUGUGAUGAAGAAGAAAUAGUAAAUGAAUUUGCAGAGGUAGAUGCUGCAUUGAAGUCACUCAAGAGUGCAGAAAAUUCACAGAACCAGCUUAAAAAUCUGGAAUUAUGCAUUCAGGAUCAAGAAGAAGGAAUCGAGUGCCUAUUUAGACAAAUGAUCAAUACUAGAGUCUCCCUUCUUAACAUCCUUAGCCACUAG